AGUCCAGUCUGGAGCUCAUAAUCAGUGUGAAGUGAUUACACAUGUUGAGCAGCCUAAUGGUUAUCAGAUCUCUUAAGACAUGCAGAGGUGUUUGGGUUCGCAGCUUCUGUCUUUGUUGAAGUUGUGUUGCACUAUGUGGCUUCUGGUCUUCAUCUGCAUGUUGACAGCUGUUGGUGGUGUACCCACACAUCCAACCCAGGAGCCUACCAGUAACAUAACAGAUAAUGUCAUGUCUAUGCCUGAUGUGCCGAAGCCAGCCACUACAGCUGCUUUACAAGUGUCAGUGGGAGUCAUCCCCUUAAAUACCACCCAGAAUGUGACUAGCCCUGCAGCAGGUACGGUGACUUCAAUGCUUGAGCCACAGCUAGCCAGUGCAGAGACAUUGGAAGAGCUUCAAGAAGACAUAAUCAUCCAAGAGGGAGAUAUUUUGAUGCCGGAGUAUAGGAAUGCAGUGAAGACCCUGUGGCCUGACGCCAUCAUGCCAUACACCAUCAGUAAUGAGCUGGCUCAUCGACGGCUUAACAUCCUCUCUGCCUUCAAGAUGAUCUCAGAUUUCACCUGCAUUCGCUUCAGACCGCAUACCGAGGAGUUCAACUACCUCAAGUUCCGGGAUGGCAAAGGUUGUGCAUCCUUCGUCGGUUGUCAAGGAGGAGCCCAGUCGCUGUAUUACGGCAGCUCUUGUAGCGUUGGGAAUCUCUGCCAUGAGAUCGUUCAUGCUCUGGGACUGCAUCAUGAACACACCCGCAAGGACAGGGAUCAGUACAUCUCUGUGCAGUGGGAGAGUGUCAUGCCAGGGAAAGAAGGGAGCUUCAAGGUGAAAGAUGGAAACACUCUCAACCUGCCGUAUGACCUCAACUCCAUAACGCACUAUGGAAAGUAUUUUUUCAGUGAAAAUGGGAGUCCAACUGUAUUGCCCAAGCAGAGUGGGACGGACAUGGGUCAGAGAACACGCCUCAGCGAUCUGGAUAUAGAGAGACUGAACAUACUCUACCACUGUGGUAACAACUUCCUCAAUACACUAAUGCAAAGUCAUCUCAGAACUUUGUUUUCUGUGCGUUAGUUCAAGCAGGCGGAAAGCGUUCCAACAGUACAGAGACUCAUUUCUUUUAGGAUCCACUUUAAAAUCGUACUCAUGCCGUUCAUGCGGUCUCCCAGUUAGUAUUCGAUCUGCUGAUGGUUUCUGCUUUUUAAAGCCUGACUUAACUACAGUUUUAUACAAACUGCCCUUUCACCUGACACCUAGUCUUGUUUGUUUACACAUAGGAGAGCUCUGUUGUGCAACGAUUUU